AGUGUGAGCGUGGCGCUUGAAGGAGUCGGGGGGGAGGAGAGGAAGCGGGUUCCGGCGGGGAGGGGGGGUCGACCCGAGUCCAGCAGGAGAAGAGGGGAUAUGGCGGCUCCGAUGGAGUCACAGGAGUCCCAGGACGCACCGGACGGCGCUGAUGCGCAACGAGCCUUCAUCUGCGCCUCGUUUAACCAGGACACCACCUCUCUGUCGGUGGGCACCAAGACCGGCUACCGCCUCUUCUCAGUCACUGCUGUGGACAAGCUGGACUGCAUCCACGAGGGAGUGCAGGAAUGUGUAAAGGAAGUGACGGCAGAAGGUGCGCCAGCUUUAUCUGAGGGAAAGCAUGCGAUCCGUAUCCACGGUCUUUCACUCGUCCCUCUCCCAGUAGAGUGUCAGGACGUUUACAUCGUGGAGCGGCUGUUCUCCAGCAGCCUGGUGGUGGUAGUCAGUCUGUCCAUGCCACGGCGGAUGAACGUCUACCACUUCAAGAAAGGCACAGAGAUCUGUAACUACAGCUACUCCAACAACAUCCUCUCCGUCCGGCUCAACAGACAGCGGCUGGUGGUGUGCCUGGAGGAGUCGGUCUACAUCCACAAUAUCAAAGACAUGAAACUACUCAAAACCCUGCUAAACACACCCAGCAACCCCACAGGUCUUUGCGCGCUUUCCGUCAACCACAGUAACUCCUACCUGGCGUACCCCGGCAGCGCCACCAUCGGAGAGAUCACCGUCUACGACGCUAACAACCUGAGCACCCUGACGCUGAUCCAAGCCCACGACAGUCCCCUGGCGGCCCUCACCUUCAAUGGCUCCGGCACCAAACUUGCCAGCGCUUCGGAGAGGGGCACCGUCAUCAGAGUCUUCAGCAUUCCUGAAGGAACGAGGCUGUUUGAAUUCCGCAGAGGAAUGAAAAGGUAUGUUAGCAUUAGUUCGUUGUCCUUCAGCGCCGAUGGCCAGUUCCUGUGCGCCUCCAGCAACACUGAGACGGUCCAUAUCUUCAAACUGGAGCAGCACAGCCCAAGUCUAGACGAGGAGUCUCCGACAUGGUCGGCGUACAUGGGCAAAAUGUUCACGGCAGCCAGCACCUACCUGCCCAGCCAGGUGUCCGACAUGAUGCAUCAGGACCGCGCCUUCGCCAUGGUGCGACUCAACAUGGUCGGCCUGAAGACCAUCAGCGCCCUCGCCACGAUUCAGAAGCUCCCUCGCCUGCUGGUGGCGUCCUCAGAUGGGUGUCUCUACAUUUAUAAUGUGGAUCCACAAGAUGGAGGCGAGUGCGUCCAGAUCCAGAAACACAGGCUGUUCGACUCCAGCGAAAAGCAGGUGGAACAAAACUCGGCGGCGAAUCCAGAGGACGUCUCUCCCCAACCAGCCAGCCAAUCGUACGCUGCCACUGUGGCUCUGCCUUCAACCCCGCCCUCCUCCACCACUCUCACAGGUUACUCCGAGGACGGCGGCGUCGAGAAGGGUGACGUCAUCCCCGAGCACGAGUUCGCCGAGGGCCCCGUGUGUCUGGACGACGAGAACGAGUUCCCUCCGUUCGGCAACCAGAGUAAUUGACCAAAUCCUUCUCUCGUGAAACAUCCGAUCCAAACCCCUGCACAACAUAUCAGACUGUUUCAAGCAGGAGGUUGGACCAAAGUGUUCCUGUGUUGAGACAGGGCGACACCUUCCACGUGCACCUCCCCUGCUGGCCGAGGGUCAAAUCUCGCCAAAAUGUUACUUCCAGGAAUAAAAUAUUAGACAGAUUGAAAGACUGUCCAAGGCUCCCAGUGUUAACUCCCGUGUUACGCCAUUAACAACAGGGUUCAACUUUGUUUUUUUUUGAUAAUGGAACCUUGACAACACAAUGGUGUUAUUGUUGCACAAUAUUAUCAUGGUAGCAAUCAGAUGUAUAUGCGAUUGAUCUGGCAGAGACGGAACUGGAGCAGACUGAACAUACUCUGGUCGUAGAGGAGACACCAGGCGGGCCUGGCCUGCGGCCAUUUUGAAGUAACCACGGGCAAGAUUCACAAAAUUGCUCUGAGGAGAGGUCACCUGGAAGGUCAUUUUAGUGCAGAUAAUAAUAUCAAUAUGAAAUGAAUCAACUCUCUGAAGAUCAUUUCUUGUUUUCUGACACUUACAAGUCUAAGAAAUAAGCACCUGAAAGUAUAUGAUCAGGAUUUCUUUGCCUGAUGGGUGUUAUUAAUGGGCAUUACAUGUUUCACACAUCAGUAAAGAGGGGUAAUAGUUCACUCGAGAAGGACAUCAUGUGGGAUCAUGAUACAUUAUUUAAAUCAUGAUACAUGCAGUCAGUAUAACAUGACUUACAGAUGCAGCUGUCAAUACUAAUUAUUAUGGUAGCAAUAGAUGAGACUAAACACCUGCAGAGUCACACAUGUAACCUGACAACAUGUGGAGAAGUCAUCAGCUAACUGGGAAAAGCUCGAUGGUGGAGCUUUACACGGCAACGCCACAGUCCUUGACUUUCAGUGAUAUCCUGAUAUUUUUGAUUUACUAUAAAUGAUGCUGAAAACCAUAUAUAUAUAUAUAUAUCUCAACAUGCAACUCAUUUUUACUUUGAAAUAUACAAGUAUUACACAUCAACGCAUAGACCUACCAAUGCGUAAAUAUAUUUUGAGGAUUUUUAUUGUGUGUAUAAUGUAUAUAUAACAUUUUUAUAUAGUAUUGUUAUAAGUAACAUGGUAAUACCAUUCAAUUUGCCAAAAGGUGGCGCUGCUAGGACACCUGUACGCUGUGUUGAGCUGUUUAAUACUGGACAUGACACCAGAGACUCAUUAAAGCUGAGAAGUGAUUCAACCUC